UCGAGAAAACCUGAAUUUGUGGUCCCCGAGGCCAAUCCAAAUCCCUACAAAUAGUAGGGAUUGUGUGUUUGGUGUUGGUGAUUCGGAGAGGGUGUCGAGUUGAGGCGAGCUGGCAAUGGGGUCUCAAGAACAAGCGCUUUCUUCUUCUUCAACUUCUGUUGUUCAUUCUCAGGUUCACGUUGACUCAUCUGUUUCAGGACUUCAUGAGAAGCAUCUGUGGGAGCUAGAAAAUCUGACACUGACAACAGACCCUUUAAAGACUCUAAAAUAUUUCAGUUUGGCUGUUUUUAAAUGUCUUCAACAACUGUUCUUUGGUAUCUUUGCAAAGCAUGGUUGGCUUAUGGUUUUAGGCAUAUUGGCAUGCGGUAUUGCUAUAGUGGUUACGCAUGUUAGAGGAGCUCAUGAAGAGCAUGUUCAGGAGCUCCUUCAUUACCUUCGGUUUGGACUAUGGUGGUUGGCCCUUGGUGUAGUGUCAUCAAUUGGAUUUGGAUCUGGUUUGCACACAUUUGUUUUGUAUUUGGGCCCACACAUCGCUCUAUUUACCAUAAAAUCUGUGCAUUGUGGGCGGGUUGAUAUAAAGAUUGCCCCAUAUGAUACAAUUCAAUUGAAAAGUGGUCCCUCAUGGCUGGAUAGGGACUGCUCUGAAUUUGGACCACGAUUGUAUGCAUCUCCUGAUUCACGUGUUCAGCUUAGUCACAUAUUGCCACACGUUCAGUUGGAGGCUAUUUUGUGGGGUAUUGGAACUGCACUUGGAGAACUUCCUCCAUAUUUCAUAUCUAGGGCAGAGAUUGUCAAGAAGGCUAAUACUGUAGCUUACAAAUCACAUGGCAAAUCUGCAGUUGUGGAAGAUAAGGAUUCUUCUGAAAAAGAAGACAGUGGUAUCAUGGCCAAUCACCUAAAACAAAUCAAACAAUGGAUCCUUUCACACUCUCAACAUCUGAACUUUUUUACAAUAUUGGUUCUUGCUUCGGUGCCUAAUCCUCUAUUUGACCUUGCUGGUAUCAUGUGUGGACAACUUGGUAUCCCAUUUUGGAAGUUUUUCUCAGCUACACUGAUUGGGAAGGCAAUUAUUAAGACUCACAUACAGACAGCUUUUAUUAUCUUAAUUUGCAACAAUCAACUUCUCGACUUCGUAGAAAAUGAAUUGAUUUGGGUGCUCAGCCAUGUUCCCGGACUUGCUUCUAUCUUGCCCAACCUCAUUGCAAAACUACAUAUUGUUAAACAGAAGUAUAUGACUGCCUCUCCUCCAGCUGCCUCAAAUAUAAAGGACAAGAAGUGGGACUUGUCACUUGCAUCAGUUUGGAACACUGUUGUGUGGCUCAUGCUUAUGAACUUUGCCAUGAAGAUCGUGACAGAAACUGCACAGAGCUUUCUGAAGGAACGGCAGGAAAAGGAGUUGGCCUCAUUGACAGAAAGUGCACCUACUUCAACAUCCACAAUAUGCAAUACCAGCCAAGCUCUUGACUAAGUUUCCCAGCUGUGAUAUAUAUAUAUAUAUAUAUGUUAUGUUCCACGAAAGCAAACUAUUAGUGGCUGAAAAUAUGUUAGUGUCAUGAUUAGAGGCUCUGAAAGUUUUUUAUCUCACUAGCCUCAAUCUUAAUUUGUGUUAUACAACACCUAGAUAAACAGGGGAUAAUAUAGUUUUGUUUUCCUCUUUUAAGUAUGAAAAGUGAACACAUUUUUCAAUCAUUAUUAGGGCUUGGCAUCUUUUUUAAGUUAUCCUAGGAAUUUAAUUUGGUACAAUCGCCAUGGAGAUACAUGUGUAUUUACUCUCGGACGAGAAAUAUCUGUAUUUUAAGUUUUGCUUUCAGACUCAACUUGUCAUAUUCCUUUCUGCA